AUAUGUGUGUCGUCGGUGAAUCGACGUGGUAUUACGAGCGAGAGGAAGAGUCACGUAAUCGGAAACGAUUUACUCCCACACGUACCUCACCUCGCACUUUAUCGUCCCGUGUCGCGUGUCGAGGAGGCGAGGGAGGAACCGAUGGUGGAUCGCUAUUUAUCCAUUCCAGACCGUGUUUCUGCGACGAUAAAUACGCGGCCCGUUCUCCGAUUGUCCGCUCUCGGAGUCUCGGAGUCGAGUGUACAUGAAUAUCCAUUAAUGAGAAGGACGAUCGUUUCCAGAGGACCGAGAUCGAAGAGAGGAGGGAUUCCGGUGCGAUGUUCGAAAACGUUGUGCGCUGUCACCGACAAAAUUGGAUCGCACCACCAUCGUCGCAGCGAAAGUACGAAAGGGCGUCGAGACGAAUGUCGUAGUAGAAGACGAUCCCACGAAUCGGCGAUUCGAAUGAGCUUCCUGGGAGGAUACCUUAUGUCGGACGUCGUCGUCGACCUCGUCGAGAAACAUGAAUUCAGCGGGAGACAGGGCGCAGAUUAUAACCGCGCGCAGAAUCACGUAAUAUUGCAUGGCGUGUGUCACGUGUCGCGAUAACAAGGUCGAGAUAACUUUCCUUGGUGCAAGCGGGAUUAGUCGGUGCAGGCGGCGAUUUAAUCGCGCGUUGAGUUAACGCGAUCGAGGAAACCACCGGCGACCAUAACUCGACGACGCGGAUCUAAAGCAGCCAAGAGUCAUGUCGAGACGACCUCGCGGUCGGCUCGACGCGGAAUCAUCGCCUGGCGCCAGCUUGGCAUAAAACAGCCGGCUGAUAGAGGCCAAGGAAGAAGAGGGGACCCUUUGAGCGUAUGAAGGCAGAAGGAGAGAGAGGCGGGGGCGAGGGAGCGAGCGAGAGGCGCAAAAUGGGAGCAACGAGAUACGUGUUAGGCAGCGCGAUCUUGGGCCUGUUUUGGAGCAGCUUACUCAAGGGUGUCCUGACCAACUCCAGCACCAGCAGGUGCGACUACCCGCCCUGUUCCUGCGACCACUACGGCCGGUUGACCUGCGACUGCAAGGACGAGGGAGAGGAAUUGAUCCUGACGACAGAAGGGGACAGACGGCUGAGUCCUCACACCAGCAGGAUAAUGGUGAGCAACUGCUCGUCCGUGAUACUUGCAAACUCGAGCCUGGCGUCGAUGGUCGGGUUACGCUCGGUGGAUCUGAUUAACGUGGCGAAUCUGUCUCUGGUCAAACAGAGCUUCGAGCUGUCACCGCACAGCACGCGCACGCGAAUCUCCGUGCGGAACAGCAGCAUCGACGUGAUGCCGAGCUUCGUGUUCCGCGGCGACGUCGAGGCGAUCACAUUCGAGAACGUGCGGAUCGGCCAGCUGAGUGCCUUCUCGUUCGCCAACCUGCUUCACACGGACACUCUGCGACUGGCGAAUUGCCGCGUCGAGACGACGGAGGCGCAGGCCUUCAAGAAAUUCGACGUCGGUUAUCUGCACGUGAUCGGCGGCAGUUUCGGCGAUCAGUUGCCGAGUCGUACCAUGAACGACAUCGAGGUGUACCACAAGUUCAUGCUGGACGGCGUGAAGAUGGGCGUCGUAAGAAGCAACGCCUUUAUCGUGAGGAGUCCGCGCACGGUGGCGAUACAGAACUGCGCGAUCGAGAGCCUGGAGAGCGAGGCGUUCGACGUGACGGCGCGUGGCGCCGUCAUCAUCAAGAACAACACCUUCAGUAGCAUCGGCGUGGGCGCUUUCCUGGGUAUUCGCGCGGAUCGCGAGAUCAGGUCACCGCCGCCAUCGUCAUCGUCGUCAUCGUCGUCAUCAUCGUCGUCGUCAUCAUCGUCGUCGUCAUCGUCAUCGUCGCUAGUCCACGGCCUCAUUUUCAAGAACAACAGUGUCACUAGCUUCGAGGAGGGCUCGCUCAUGUUCGACCGCGUGAGUUUCCGGCCGGAGCUCGACAGUCUACUCGUCGCUCAGGCCUGUGACUGCCAGAUGUUACCUGUCUGGAAGAAUAACGUGCUCAAUUACACGAGCGUUUACUCGCGGUUCUACGUGAGGCAAAACUCGCUUGUGCCGCCCCCGCUGUCGCAGUCUCAAGAACCCAUCAACGAGACGCCGGAGACCUUCCUGUGUCUGGACGGUGGACUGGAUGGGGUACCAACGAGCUUCGUCGAUUACGAGACGAGUCACUGCUCGCUCGGCGGGUCCAUGCUCGUUCUCAUUCUAAUCAUCGUAGGUGCCGUUCUCGCCCUGUUGGCGAGUAUCUGCCUGAUCGUCUGGUGCUGCCGAAGACGCCGGCGGAACAACAGGAAGAAAUGGAUCAGCGUGCCCACUAACGCGCCCGACGUGGUCUCCAAGAAGAACGGCGUGAUCGGCAGAGAAGCGGCAACGUCCGGCACGCCAGUUGACAGCAGGAUAACCAUGGUGGUGCCGGACGGCAGGUUGUACCGGGAGACAGAGUUUCACGUGAUCGUCGAGAAGGCCGAGCCGCUUACGACCGAGUUGUAACGAGACGCCCCGGGCGGCUCGACGGCCAGGCCCGCGAUCGUCGCUCCAGUUGAAGAGGAACUCGAGUGGGUAGAAACGUCGAGUCGCUUUCGAGUGUACAAGCUGUGAAAGACGCUGUGAACGGUGAAGGUGAAAAAAAGGACCUCUGUUGUUAGGAGAAAAGGACCUCUUUCCGAGGCUCUGAGGGAGAUUCUCUCUUCGGAUUUAAAUCGUACAUAGAUUGUGUAAAUCGUUGCUGCUUGGGGAAUAAUAGAACGCAAAGCGCAGUCCCGAAUCUUCAUCCUUAUCCCCUCCCCACGUCAUGUUCUUCUAUUUUUAAUUUAAUCGAUUAUGUCUCCUCUAGUACAAUACAGUUCGUAAGCUUCCAUUCACAUAUCACGAGCGGUCGCCGAUUAUCCGUCGCGCGUUCUUUUCAUUCCUCUGCUGAACCGUCCUUUCUCCCGAAGGCGGUCACGUUCCUCCGCGGCGAUUAAAAAGUUUUCCAGAACGAGUCACGCGGAUUCGGGUGAUCGGUCACCGCUGUUAGUUAAGUUUAUCAUUAAAAUAACUUUGGAGAGAAAGAAGGAGAGAGGGAGAGCCCGUAUCGUAGGGGACGAAGCAAGAUUAGAAAGCAAGAAAGAGAAUGAAAGGAGUAUAACUCGUGUAGAGAAAAUCCUAAACUCGCUGUCUUGCGUAAGAUACGCGAUUGGACCGACCUUUCGCAUUUCUCGUCGUUUUAAGUUCACCGAUCGAUAACGAUAGCGCGCGGUUAUCGUGAAAUUACGUAUUAGUGAGCGUUGGAGCGAAAAUGGGACGGUAUCGAAGGACCAAAAAAAUGGAAUAACCGCUUAUUCGAAUAGCUGUGCCAUUCCUGGAGUGACGUUAAACACGAUUCGUGUCCACUCCAUAGAAACCCUGAUCUCGAGAGAGGGGAAGAAAGUGAAACGGACGGAACUCUUCGCGCUAAGUUUUCAUAUCAAAAUCGUUCCCGAAACUCGUUUUUUAUAGACAAGAUUGGAUAGUGAUGUAACAAGUUAUUGGACAAAAAUAAACUGGCAGGAUCAAUUUAUCGAGAUAAGAGAGAUAUUCCAUAUCUCAUACCAGUGGCGGAUUUACAAGUUAGAUAGUUCAUAUCGCUUCGCGAAUUACAUGUAACGCGUGUA